AUGACAAGAAUCUUCCUCACUGGCGCUUCUGGGUACAUCGGGGGCGACGUCCUCCAUCAGCUGCUCAAAUCGCACCGUGAAUACAGAGUUCGCGCUUUGGUUCGAGAUGCAUCCAAGGGCGCUGCAAUUACCAAAGUCUUCAAGCAAGUAGAGAUCGUCAACGGCGGCCUCGAUGAUACAGACAUCAUCGCUCAAGAAGCAAAGGAAGCCGACAUUGUGAUCCAUCUGGCAGCUACCGGCCAUCUAGCAAGCGUCCAAACUAUCUACGAAGCUCUUGCGAACAAACCCAAAGGCUCUAAAUCGCCGUACUAUAUCCAAAUCUCAGGCGCAAGCGCACUCGCAGCUGGUGAACUCGCUGACAAGACGCGGGUCUUUGGCUCGGGUAGUGAUGUCAUCUACAAUGACCUGAGCGGCCUCGACUCGAUCAAAUCGUUCAUCAAGCAGCACCCCAAUCGCGCUGUGGAUAACUACAUCUUCUCGGUGAACGAACAAGAAUCGCCUGUUAAAACAGCCCUCAUCAUUCCACCAAUCAUUUUUGGCAAGGGUCGUGGACCUGGCAAUCAGCGAAGCAUGCAGAUUCCGGACCUCGCCAAAGCGACACUGGAGCGCCAGCGGGGACUGAGGGUUGGACCUGGCGAGAGUCGAUGGGGCAACAUUCACAUCCAAGACUUGAGUUGCUUAUUUCUCCGAUUAGUAGAGAAGGCGGCUGAAGGCGACCAAGAUGAAAACAUUUGGGGCGCAAAUGGAGUUUUCUUUACUGGUGUGGGAGAAAUGCCAUUUGGCGACAUCUCGCGACGAGUCGCCAUCGCUGCAAAUGACUUCAACCUGAUUCCGAGCAACGAAGUGGAUGAGGUCGAUGCUGAGGAGUUUGAUCGUUUAAUUCCUCGCGGAUCCGUACUGCUGGGAACAAACGCGCGUGCUGGGGCUGACAGAGCUAAGGCGACGCUUGAUUGGGAACCAGAGAUGAACAGCUUGGAGGAACUGAUCCCGCAAGCUGUCAUUGACGAAGCGCGAGCUCUUGGCAUGAAAGGUAAGAAUCUCCGACCCAAGUUUGGAAAUUUGUGGAAUUGA